AUGUCGAGACAGGGUCGUCAAGCUGCCAGUCAGUUACCUCAUAAUUGGCCAUCAGGAGGAGACCAGACAGGUAGAGCAGCAUAUCUUGAGCUUGCCUUCGAGAGGCAUCAAAGACCUAUGUAUGCAGAGGCCUAUCGAGAGCUAACUCUACGUGAUGUGAUGCAAAUUUUGGAUGCUAUACAAGAGGAGCAUCAUUGGAUUAUGCUCUCCAUUUUUGGGGUGAUGCAACAUUUAGGGAUGGAUCACCCACCCUUUCCUCAGGCAUGUCCUACAUUUCCCCCAUAUACUCAGCCAAAGGGUGCUGGUUAUGAUGGUGCUUGCCCUUUAGGUAUAAAUCAUGGAGAUACUGAUGAUGACAUUACGGAGGAUGAGGAGGACAAUUACGAGAGUAGUGAUGAGUAG